CGGGCCCCGCCAUGUCGGCCGAGGGGCGGCCGCGCUCGGGCCGAGCCGGCGAGGGCAUCAAGUUGUCAGCAGAGGUCAAACCAUUUGUUCCAAAACAUGCGGCGGUAGCUGUGGCAUGGUCAGAACCCUCAGAAGCAUGUGUCUUUCCUAGGUACUUAACUACAUGCUACCCAUUUGUUCAGGAACCACCUUUGGAUAAUGGUCUGAGAGAUCCUGCCUUCCGUGAAUACUCCAGCUGCUCUUACCGACCUGAUGUUGUUGCAAACGUGUACCCAGUAGCUGGCUCACAGUAUCGUUCUAACAACUCAACACGCUAUAAUGGUUCAGGAAUAGUCAGUGAAUCUUCUGAGCAAACAUACCCACUCAGACAAGAAAGUAAGAGUCUUCCUAAGCAGAGGAGAUCCAAAGAAAGUGAGAAAAAACUGGACAAGAAAAGGCAUGAUGGAAGUGACUCUUCAGUCAGAAUUAUGAACAGGACUUCAUUCCCAACUCCUGCAUGCAGCAGAGAUUCCGUGAAGCCAGACAGGUUCAAUAAAACUACAAACAAGAAGUCAACUCAAACUCCAAAACCAGAGCCUCUUCCUGUACCCACGUUUGAAGCUAGCAUUCUGGAUUUCCACAAGUCACAGAGUCUGGGAAGCAGUGAAACACUGAAUGUACAGCACAAAAGUGCACCAGAAAAUACUUCUGCAGGGAACAAAGCUUCAUCAAGAACUUUAGAUGAAACAAGAGCCCAUUUAAUUCCCUCUUCAUUUGAUGGUAGAGAUGGCUCUGCUCAGCCACGUGUGUCUUGGGCAGGGAUACUUUCACAGCCCCCAAAGAAAAUUAUUUCAUCACCAGCAUCUGAAGGUCUUUCCAGAGGCAAAGGGAAGGAGGAUAGUGAGCCAAAGCAGUCAGAAACAAAAAAUGAUGCUAGUGAAACUGAGCCUGAAGAAGGUUCAGAAAAGAAGAAAAAAAAGAAGAAAAAGAAGAAAAAAACAAAGUUACCCACUGAUGUAGAGAGACCACAAAGUGAAUCUACUACAAUACAGGAACCACCGAAGAUUGAGGAUGUUGAGGAGUUUCCUGAUCUGACAGCUGCUUCUGAUAGGAGAAACAGGGUAGGAUCUCAGAAAUCAUCCUUCUUUACUCCUGCAGUCAGAAAGCAGUCUGAAAUCCGUAUCCCUGAAGAGCCUUGUGAUGCUCAGUCUCCCUCACUGGAUGAAACUCCCAAGGUGGACGGACUGUCAGGGAAGCAAGGUUCAUCUUCUGUGUUAGAAAGAAAGAAAAUGCAGGAAACAUCCAAGAGCAGUGGUAAGAAGAGUCAGAUUCCUGUGCAACUGGAUUUGGGUGGCAUGCUGGCAGUCUUGGAGCAGAAGCAGCAAACAGAGAAGUUGAAGCAGUCUUCUAAACCUGUGGUGUUUUCAGUUGGUGGUGCCAUACCACUGCUUUCAAAGGAGCCUGCUACGGCCACAAAAACUCACCGGUCAAACCAAGCAAAGAUGCCUCAUAACCCUUUGGACUCCAGUGCUCCCUUGGUAAAGAAAGGGAAACAGAGAGAAGUACCUAAAGCAAAGAGACCAACACCUCUUAAAAGGAUCAUUCUGAAAGAAAGAGAACAAAGAAAGCAGCAGCACCUGUUAGAACAGAAAGCAGCACCAAAAGAUGAAGACAACGUUUGUCAGUCUGCAGAAAAUAUUACUGGAAACGAAACACUUCUACAGGAUAGUCAAGCAGCUCUUCCUGUAACACAAGCUUCUGAAGGGCUUCUGGAGAACACGGGGAUCAAGGAAUCUAAAGAAGGUUCAGUGACUUCAAAGCAGCUAACCCCCAGCCUUCCAAAAAUCCACAGCAGGAACUUUAGAGAUUACUGCAGCCAGGUGCUUAGUAAAGAAGUUGACAGUUGUGUGACAGAUCUUUUAAAGGAACUGGUUCGUUUCCAAGACCGCUUGUAUCAGAAAGACCCAGUAAAGGCCAAGAUAAAACGCAGGCUGGUGAUGGGUCUUAGAGAAGUUCUGAAACAUCUGAAGCUGAAGAAGCUGAAGUGUGUCAUCAUCUCUCCUAACUGUGAAAAGAUUCAGUCAAAGGGUGGGCUGGAUGACACCCUGCACAACAUUAUUGACUGUGCCUGUGAGCAGAACAUCCCCUUUGUCUUCGCCCUGAACCGCAAGGCCCUGGGCCGGUGCGUGAACAAAGCAGUGCCCGUGAGUGUGGUGGGGAUCUUCAGCUACGAUGGGGCUCAGGACCAUUUUCACAGAAUGGUACAGCUGACAACAGAGGCCAGGAAGGCCUACAAAGAUAUGAUAGCAGCUUUAGAAGAAGAAGCUAAAGGAGGACUGCGAGAAACCCAGCCCAGCCUCUUAACACCUGAAUCUAGAAAAAAUGGCUUAUCAGAAACUGGUACAACAUCUUCCAAGGACUCCGAUGAGGAUGUACCAAAUUAUAUUAAAGUCUGGAAGAGAAAACUUGAAGAAGAAUACAACCCAUAUGCACUGGAACUGGAAAAGAGUGCAACUGCUGACAUGGCGAUAGUGAAUUUGGAAGAGCAUCAGUAAAUC